AUGGUAACCGAUCAAAAUCAUUCAUCUGACGUAUCCAGCGAGCAGGAAGUUAUCAGAUAUACAGAGAAAUUAGCCCAGUCAUUAGGACUGGAUGAGCAGAAUACAAGAGCAUAUAAAGCACUCUCUGGACAGAUUUGGGCAUUAGAAAAAAGACUGAAAGAUUAUCAUAUUAAAUAUGUAAAGCUUAAAAGGAAGGUCAAUUUAUUGGAAGAUGAAUUGGAAGAUGAAUUGGAUGAUCUAGACGAAUGUGUAGAUAGGGAAACUGUGGUCGACUUAAUACAAAAAAUAGUCCCCUCGCUGGUUAGAGAAAAAAGCCUAAUAAAGAAUAAUCCUUCCUCCUCUUCGUCUGACUAUUCAUCUGAUUCUGAUAUUGAUGAAAUACUAACCGAUAAAUGCCAGUCUGCAGUGAUAGAAAUUUAUUUUUUAUAUUUGGAUAUUAUAUAUGCCAUAAUAAAAAUGGUAUUUGUGAAUCGUGUAAUCGAAAAAACCAGCUCCAGCCAAGCAGUACUCGAUACAAGCGCUGAUGUAAGUUGUGUAAGCAAAAAACAUAUUGGUGAAUUAGGAAUUGCAUAUCAUGAUGAAAAUAAUAGCAUUAAAACUCUGGAUGCAACCUAUUCCAUAAUAGGAAAAGUUAAUCUGCAUAUCGGCUUUAAUGAUGGUGAGAAACAUAAAAGCACACCCAGUGAAUUCAUAGUUGUUGGACUAGAUUGGCCGUUACCUGAUUUAAUUUUAGGAGGGCCUUGGUUUCGAGAAAAUGGUGCAACUUUGGAUAUAUGCAAUUCAAAACUAUUAUUAGACGAUAAUUUUGCGAUCCUAUUCAAAAUACAGCAUAUAUUAUCCAUGGCACAUUUUAGCGAUAUUAAUAUACCAGAACUAUUAGAGCAGAUUCUAUAUUUCCUAGCGCGUAUUGAAUUGAGAGGGAAAGACUUAUAUCCUGGACAAUCUCUUCCAAAUGAUUAUAAAAAUUACUGUGCAAAGGAUCACCCUCGAUUAAAUAAAUUCAUAAGGAUAGAACUUGCAAAGGAUCUCUCUCGAUUGAAAAAAUUCAUAAAGUUAGUACGUAGGAAGCAAACGCCAGUUUAUUGCUCAAAUGUAACUCAUCUCGAAGUAUCAUACUACCAUUCACUUUCAGAUAAAAAAAUCAUAAGCAUUGUACAUUCAUGCCCAAAUAUAACCCACUUGAGUUUCAUAAAUAGCAUAGCAUUUAGUAAUAGAGCAUUAGAACUGAUAGCGGGUUCAUACUCGAAUCUGAAGUAUCUCAAUCUAUGCAUUGAUCGGCCAGGUGGCUUUAGGAGCUUUUGUACUCAAGAAGUAGAUGGCAGUGGUCUAUGGAGAAUCGUAAAGUCAUGCCAUAGAUUAGAAUAUCUAAAUAUCUCUAAUUGUAGAGAAUAUUCUGAAACAUUAAUUUGUAAUGUUAUUCGUUCUUGCCCAAGACUCCAGCAACUCGACCUUAGCUUUUGUCAAAUUACCGAUAUAACUAUCAAAGAAAUUGCUGGUUCAUGUCUUAAUUUAAAGUACCUCAAUUUGGAAGGGUGUAAUAAUAUUAGCAAAGAAGCCAUAGAUCAGCUCAUUUCACUUAAUUCAAAUAUCCAUGUCGAGAAUUUUGUGCCGAUUCGGAUACCUUCCCAAAAUAAUGGAGCUUUAGAUGUGAUCCAUAGACUCGCAAGGCAACUGGGAAUACUACAUGAUGCACCAAGAGAUGUUGCAUCCUUAAAUAAUUUUAUCAACGACGAAUUAUCAAGGAGAUUGAGUCAACAUUGUAUUCUAGCUAAACCAUCGCUUCGGAGUGGUGGUUGGUUAUAUAACACCCGGCAUAGUUUUGAUAAUAUUCUGAAUCUGGUUCUAUCUCAGUUAUACCAGCAACUUAAUUCCAAUAUAUCUAUGACUGUGGACUCUGAUGCCGAUCACUCCACUAUAGCUAUAACCAGACAAGCGUCAAGGAAUUAUUCGGUAGCAUUACUUGACGAUCAAGCAGAAUGGUGA